CACCACUAAUGAUUUCGUCGUACUCUCCUUCAGCGUCGACGUAAUGUCACCUCGCUCGAUGUCACUGGAUCAGACGCUUCUGUCAACGUGGACCCAAGCAUCCAGCCAGCCUAGCCAAUAAGCCUCAGAGUGGUGCUGCCGACAGCUUCCAUGCCAACCUUGAUGCCGCGGUUGGAGCCUCCACCACCACUGUACUCUCUGCUGGACGUAUUGCGGCUGCUGAUGACGUCAAAUCUACUCUACUCUGCAAUCGUCUUUCUUCCCCUGAUCCCCCUUUGUAGGUUGCGGUUGAAGGGGUCUUGCGCCCCGAAACGGUAUGGAUUCCAGGCUCUUACCACUGGUCGGGAUGGUGCCACGGUAAGACCUUUCGGCGACUUUCAAUUUGAC